CCCUUCGGCAACAACCUCGUCGUACCGUAGCGGAAAGGCAGAGUGGAUUCUGAUGCACGCAUUCUCAUUCAUUGCCGAAACACGAAACAGAAAGACUCGUGCAGUACGGUAUGUACCGUACGGUUUCUCCCCCGACACAAGAACGAACCAUCCCACACUGCACCGUCCAAACCCUGCCCCACCCCAACGCAACGCACGCAACGACAACGGCCCGAGACGCUUUGACCAUGAGACCCGGUGUUGCGAGAAGCAUCGCCAGACGAGCAGCGAUUCCGAAUCCCCGGGCGGCGAUCCGGCCGAGAGGCCCGCUUCGGUCCCUUGCUACCACGAGCAAGAGCGAGAACGAAAGCGAAAGCGAAAACAGCGAGCCCUUCUACGGGAGCCCCCGGUCAACGACCGGCCCGCUCGGGAUCGCGGACCGCAUCGGGAUCGCUCUCCGCAGCGCCACCACGGCCCUUUCUGAUCCCACCCGCGCCGACGCCGUGGCCGCCCUGGGAGAGGUCACGGGGGAUUUCACCCUGCGCAGGAUCCGAGACCGCAUGGAGGCCGAUCCGACCGGCCGCAGGAUCCUCCGGGAGCGGCCCGUGGUGACCAAGGCGACCAUCCCCUACGAACGACUCGUCGCCGAGGCGCCCGAUCGCUUCGGGGGAAACGGCGGCGAAGACGACGAUGGCCUCACCUUUGGGCAGGUCUACGGUUCCUUCUUGAAAGAGCACGGGUUCGAUCCAGACGAGAGGGACGACGUGAGGUUCGUCGAGGACGACACCCUGGCGUACGUCAUGCUCCGGUACCGACAGGUAUGUGCGUCGCAAAACCGACCGAAACCAGGCGUAAAGGUAUCGGGACGACAUGGUGUAGCACGGCAUGGCAUGGAGCAAACGAUGAUGCUGUUUCUCGGUGCAGUCUAGUCACGUACAAUUAUACCAAUGGGUCCAAAUCCGUCUCAUUUUGCUUUGCUUGUUUCGAUUUGGUUCGUUCGCCAUCUCCUGCAUUCUUCUGUUCCGCUCCAUGCGAAAACAACCCACUGCCCGGUUGUCGCAUCGACGCCAGAACCAUGAUUUCUUUCACGCCAUCACGGGGCUUCCCCCGACGGUCCUGGGCGAGCUGGGACUGAAAUGGCUCGAGCUCUUUCAAACGGGCCUCCCCGUUGCGGCGCUGUCUUGCACGGUGGGCUCCCUCCGGCUGGACCCGCGGGAACGGGACGUCCUGGCCAAUUCCUAUCUCCCCUGGGCCGCGAGCCACCGGGCAGCCGUGGCGACCCGCGGCGGCGGCCAGCACGUGGCGCAGCUGCCGCCGCCCUUCCUGAUGAACGUCUACUACGAAAAAGAAUUCGACACGCCCAUCGGAGAGCUCCGGCGGAAACUCGGUCUGGCGCCCGCCCCGGCCCUCCGCGAAUGAAGGAAUGUAAGACGAAAGUUUCCACCGAGAGAGAGAAAUCGCAGCGCAUCGUUCCGGCACGAAUCGCCUCGGAUCGGCGCAGCGGUCUCGACCCCGGGCCCGACGGAAGAGGAAGGAAGAUCUUUUGUGUACUGCACUGUAGAUGCUCGGAUUUCAAAAUUUCGGCACGAGAAUUUCUGUCACUCGAAAAUCCAACAGCUUCGCUCUCUACGAAAGUAUCCGGUAGACACUCCGAAUCGACGAAAAAAGCCAUACUCGGGCGUCCGCACACAAAAUUGGUGCGUUCCGCGCCUUGUCAUCCCGUGAGAGGGCACGCACUCCGCUCUCCUCCACAUACAAUUUCUCGCCAUUAGUGAAUAGUGCGAGUACGUACGCACUGCACUAGUACUCAUGCAGUUCCACGGUGACGAAAAAUUACCCGUGUCUCGACCGCCGUUCUCCAAUACACUAUUCACAAACCA